UAAAAAAAAUGUCAAGAAAAUGAAAUACUUUAUUAAUUUCAAUAAUAUUUCUUUGUAAAACAAAGAAAUAUAUAUAUAAAACUAAUUCCAUUUUACACGGUUAGCUAAGAGGUAGGUGGGUGGUAAAAGAAAAAAACUGUAUACAGUGAUUUUCCGUAUAAAAAAAUAAUAACUUUGAUAAACUUUAUAAAUAAGUGACAAUAUGAAAUCAUCAAAACAUCGUACAGCGCGUCUCUCGAGUUUGGCGGAAGAUAUGGGUAUGACAAUACCAGAUGAGACACCAUAUCGUGCGAGACUACACCAUCUAUUUGCCCAAAUUGAGAAGGAGUUUGAAAUGUUGUAUUUGGAAAACCUUAGCUUACAAGAGAAGUUAGACAAUUACACCAAUAAAGAUUCUAUACAAUCAUAUGAACGUUCAACCUCAACGAAUCCCAGUGGCGGUGGAACUAAUGCCGCCUCAGCGGUUAUACCCGUAUCUGGACAUGAUGAUGCAGAUAAUGCGACGGGACCAACAUCCGCUUCGGGCAGCAAAAGCUUAAAAUCCAAGUUCACCUCUAGUGGAGGUAAAGUUAAAGCUAGUCAUAAAAUUAAGGCCCAAACUAGUCGUAUUGUAUCGAGCUUUAAGGCUCAAUCGGUAGUGAGUACGGUAAUGCGAGAAUUCUGCGGCCAUAAGGAUGGUGUUUGGCAAGUGGCUGCUAAAGUUGGACAACCUAUAAUAGGUACUGCAUCAGCAGAUCACACCGCUUGCAUAUGGGGCAUAGAGAGUGGUCGUUGUUUGUUGCAGUAUACGGGACAUGUUGGAUCGGUCAAUUCGAUUAAAUUCCAUCAAAAUCGUGACUUAGUAUUGACCGGUAGUGGCGAUGGUACGGCGCAUAUAUGGCAGGCCGCUGUAAAUUGGGAAGUUUCAAAGAAGGGACAUUCAUCUGAAGAAGAACUUGAUGACAGCGAUGGUCAAGCGGAAGAUCGAGAUCGUGUGGAUACAUUGCGUACACCACUGUGUGAAUUUACAGGUCCAGGCGGUCAUUUAUCCGUUGUUGUUGCCGCAGACUGGUUACCUAAUAUGGAUCAAAUAAUAACAGGUAGUUGGGAUCGUACUGCUAUUUUAUGGGAUGUGGAAACGAGAGAACCUUUACAGCCUUUAACAGGACAUGAUCACGAAUUGACUCAUGUUUCAUCACAUCCUACGCAGAGAUUAGUAGUAACAGCUUCUAGAGAUUCAACAUUUCGCCUAUGGGACUUUCGAGAUCCUAUACCGGGUGUUUCCGUAUUUCAGGGACACACAGAGAGUGUAACAUCAACUGUUUUUACCAAAGAUGAUAAAGUAGUAUCGGGAUCUGAUGAUCGCACUGUUAAAGUUUGGGAAUUACGAAAUAUGCGUUCUGCUUUAACAACUAUACGUACUGAUGCUUCAGUAAAUCGUUUGGCGGUGUCCAGCGGUGGUAUUAUAGCAAUUCCACAUGACAAUAGACAAAUUCGUUUAUUUGAUUUGAAUGGCCAAAGAGUGGCACGCUUGCCACGCACUAGUAGACAGGGUCAUAGACGUAUGGUAUCGUCAGUGGCAUGGGCUGAAGAACCAUUACUAAACUGUGAUCUCUUUUCAUGUGGUUUUGAUCGUAGAGUAUUUGGGUGGUCCAUAAUUUUACCAAAGGAUAAUUGAAAACUAAUAAAAUCUUCCCAAUUGAAAUAAUAUCAUGCUACAUUAAUUUUUCCAAUUUUGUUACUGUUUAUUUGUUACAAAAAACUCUGUGGAAAAAACAAAAACAAAACUGUUAAUAUUUUCUAUAAAUAUUUUACCAAAAUCGAUCAAUUUUGCACUAAUACUCAUGAUUUUUCGAUGUUAUAUAUAUUUUUUUUUUCGAAUAAACACAUAACUCCCUCCAUUGUCACAAAUUUACUAUAUUACUACUUAUUAUACAUUUUCAUGCCAAAUUAUGGGAGAUCAUAAUUAGUAAAUAAUUUUUUUCUUAUUAUAGUCAAAAUAUCAAUCAUACAUAUAUAUACAUUAGGGUGGCCCCGUUUGUAUGGAGAAAAAAUAAGGUAUCGAUGUUCCCGCCUAAAAUGAAAAUUUGAUUCAUUCUAAGACUACGUUUUGAAAUUUUUUCGUCCUGGGGUCAAUAUUUGGCGAGCUGGAUCAAAGGAUAAAAAGGUCCUUUUUUGAGGUUUUUUACAUUUUUUCCAUAUUUCUUCCAAAGGAAGUAUAUGUAAAUUUGGUAUCAUAUGAAAGGUCUUUGAGAGACGCAUUGAAUUAGUUAAAAGAAAUUUAAAAAAAAAAAAAUUUAAUUAAAAAAUUUUAAAAAUUUUCGACUAAAUUUUAGUUUUUUUUAAUUUUUUCAUAGAAUUUAUUCAAAUACAUAGAUGAAAUUUCUUGAUCAUAAACAUCAUGUAAUUUCACCGAAAUGGUUUUUCUCGUUUUUUAAAAUUCAAUCCAGUUCAAUGUUUAUUCAAAUUUGUUUAAACCUAAUUUCAUCCCUAUCUGACAAUCUCUGUACUCAAUUCAUAGUAUAUGUAUGGGCAUCAAAAUAACUCAAAUUUUAUAAGCUUUCCAUCGAUGUAUAAAUUCUUAUACUUUUCUUUUGUUACACUACGAAUAUUUAAAUUUAAGCUAAAACAUUUACUAUACAUCGCGCUAUAAUGAUUAUUUUAAUGUUAUUCCUUUGGAAUGUUGUUGUUAAUUUUAAGUAACAUGUGAAAAACUGCUUAACAGAUAGGGAUGAAAUUGGGUUUAAACAAAUUUGAAUAAACAUUGAACUGGACUGAAUUUUAAAAAACGAGAAAAACCAUUUCGGUGAAAUUACAUGAUGUUUAUGAUCAAGAAAUUUCAUCUAUGUAUUUGAAUAAAUUCUAUGAAAAAAUUAAAAAAAACUAAAAUUUUGUCGAAAAUUUUUAAAAUUUUUUAAUUAAAUUUUUUUUUUUUAAAUUUCUUUUAACCAAUUGAAUGCGUCUCUCAAAGACCUUUCAUAUGAUACCAAAUUUACAUAUACUUCCUUUGGAAGAAAUAUGGAAAAAAUGUGAAAAACCCCAAAAAAGGACCUUUUUAUCCUUCGAUCCAGCUCGCCAAAUAUUGACCCCAGGACGAAAAAAAUUCAAAACGUAGUCUUAGAAUGAAUCAAAUUUUCAUUUUAGGUGGGAACAUCCGCAACUUAAAUUUUGGGGCCACCCUAAUAUACAUACGUACGUGUUUAGUAUUCAUGUUAUAACAUGCAUUCGUAGUUUAUUAAGUAUAUUUUUAAAAAUUGUUAAUCAUUUAAAAAAAAAUAAUAAUAAGAGAAUAAACUAUUUAAUUACUACGUACAUAUUACUAUUACAACUAAAAAAACUAACACAUUUUAAAUGUUGCUUAUUGAACACUCUAAACAAAUGGAAUUUUAGAAAUGAAUGUCAUAUUUACAUACAUAUGUUAUUAUACGUAUUGUGGUUUUAUUAGAAAAUCCUAACUUUUAUUAAUGAAAAAAAUAAUAAAUACACAUCUAUAUUAAAACAAA